AUGGUCUACAUCCCUCAGGCAAAAGGCCUUGCUGCCUUUGUCUAUGGUCUAGCAUUGCUCGGAACCCCAGUAUCAGCAUCCCAAACUUCCCUCACACCUCGGCAAAAGAAGAACGCUGCAAGUCCAUACGCAGACACAGUCUCCAAAUAUGUUGACUCUCUGGACAAAGAGCUCUGGUCAAUCAACAAGAACAUCCACGAUAACCCUGAACUCGGGUACAAAGAGUUCAAAGCCCAUAAGCUUCUCACAACAUAUAUGAAGAAGCAGAAGGGAUGGAAAGUCACAGACACCGUCGGUGGAAUCGAUACUGCUUUUAUGGCCGUCUUUGAAGGCUCGGGCGAUGGCCCCGUCGUGAGCUUCAACGCCGAGUAUGAUGCUCUUGAGGGCCUUGGUCAUGCAUGCGGUCAUAACUUGAUCGCGACGGCUUCGCUUGGUGGAGCUUUAGCUGCGGCUGAGAUAAUGCGAGAAGAGAAGCUUGGCGGAAAGGUUAUUCUCUUUGGGACACCAGCUGAGGAGUCCCUCGGUGGAAAAGUCAAGAUGCUUGAGGCUGGUGUCUUUAAAGACGCCAAGAUUGACAUCUCUCUGAUAUCCCACCCCAGCAAUGGCCCUGAUACUCCGUACAUGCUCGCUCAGUCGACAGAUCGCUUCGACGUUGAGUACACAGGUCGCGAAGCCCAUGCUGCAGCCGGACCUUGGGAGGGUAUCAACGCUCAAGACGCUCUUCUCCUUGCCAACAGCGCUUUGUCAUACAUGCGCCAGCAAAUGCGAACGUCGGAUCGUGUCCAUGGCAUAAUCCACUCAGCCGGAAGCCGUAUUAACGUCAUCCCAGCCGAAGCCUCGGGAAGUUAUCAGCUGCGAUCCGCCAACGAAGAGCAAUUGGAGGAGCUCUCUGACCGCGUGUACAACUGCUUCAAAGCCGGAGCCAUUGGAACAGGAGCAAAGAUGAACUUUACCAUGCGCCCGUACGGCUAUGCCACCAUGAACAGCAACGACGGUCUUGCUGCUACUUAUACGCGAUGGUUCGAGGAACUUGGUGGUGAUCUCCCCGACGCUGACGUCGACAAGCUGAGGGAGCCUGGCGGUUCGACGGACCAGGGAAACAUCAGCCAAGACUUCCCGACAAUCUCUCCCAUGUUCCAGAUCACCUUUGAGAAUGGAACUGUGCCCAAGAACGGCCCUCACACUGCACCGUUUGAAGUUGCUGCUGGAAGCAAAGCUGCUUUCGAGAAGGCUCUCAUGGUGGCUAAGAGUCUUGCGGGUGUUGCUGUUGAUGUCUUGACCGUGGAUGGUCUCUUGGAUGAGAUCAAGGAUGAGUUCAAGAAGACCAAGUCGCCUGCCAGACGAAGGCGAUGA